UUUUGUUGUGAAUCGAGUUCUCAUUUGCGUGUUGUGUCAUCUUACUGGGGAAGGAAUGGACAGGAUAAGCAGUUUACCAGAUGGUGUUAUUCACCACAUCUUGUCUUUCUUACCGCUAAAGAAGUCGGCUCAAACUUCAGUUCUCUCAAAGAGAUGGCGCCUUCUCUUUGCCUUCUCCCCAACUCUUGAUUUGUUACCGUACGAAAAUGAUAUGCGGCGGCCAAGAUUCUUGAAAUUUGUAGAAAGAGUCUUGUAUGUCUCAGGAAACUCCUCCAUAAAUAAAUUCACCCUGAGGUGUAGAAAGGGUUCUCGCACCAAGCAUUGUAUACGUCAUGUGCUGAAUCGUGGUGGUGUCUUGGAUCUUGAUCUAUGUCUCUACAUAGAUGAUGAUGAUGCUGAUCUUCCUCGUGAGGUUUUCACUUGCAAGACACUUGUGGAGCUGAAACUAACUGGGUUCUGUAUCGAGGAGCUUCCUGAGGAUGCGUUUCUCCCUGCUCUUAAGAAGCUUUUCCUGAACUCAGUUCAGUUCGAUAGUCUUCCUCCUCAUGUUUGUGCCUUUGGAAAGCUUCUUUCAGCUUGCCCCGUUCUGGAGGAGUUGGUUUUAGAUGAUUUGAGGUGGGAUCUAUGGAAAUGGUCUCGCUCGCUCUCCAGCCCUAGCCUUCGGAAACUUACUGAACUGAAUUCUCAACAGUUAAUUUGCUUCUGUCAUGGGAUUGUUCUCUUAGUCUUAGUUGACGUCUUUAACUGACCAACAGAUCUCUAAUUUGAAAUGAUAAGAGAAUCUGCUCUCAUCUCAUAUACUUUGGUUCGGUUUAACCGUGUAGUGUUUCUUGAAUUUUUAUCCAUAACUGAUUCUUUAGUAUGGUCUGAUUCUUACCUGCUGCUACUAAGGAUCACUAAAAGGUCCUUCAGAUUCAAGGAAUACAUAUAACCCCAACGACAAGAACGCCAUGACUCGAGUGGUUAAAGUUCUUAAAAUAUAAAACCUCAGAUACUCAGAUAUUAAGUAGCACAAAGCUCAAUUUUCUCAGAGAAAGAAGGUGUGUGAUAAAUAGAGCAAGUGAAACACAUGUUCCUUUGUAUGGCAGGUGAUGGAAUUCAACGAGACACCAUGAUCAUCGAUCACCAAUCAUCAACCAUCUAUCAUUUGAUCUCUGUCCUGUGUCUGAACUGAAACCGGGGAAGAUUACAAGGCAAUGCAGAAAGGGAUGUUUUUGUAAAUUUUGCUUGUUGGUUUUGUGAAUAUUGUCGUUUUAUCAAUGGUAAAUACACGAAAGCAGGAAGGGAGAUAAAUGUACCUCUACAAACAUUGUAAGCUUUAUGAUAACUCAGGGGAAAAUAUGCAAACACAAGA